AUUCGUCCGCUCACAGAGAUUUCUGAUGCGAGUGUUCUUUUCGCUCUUUGAUAACAAGCUUUGUUGGGAUUGAUUGCUUUAUUUGUGAAUUGAAUUUUGACAGACGAUUUAAAUUGCGGGCUACUUGCACUUAUUUAUUUCAAGUUAUUCAUCGCAACUUAUCCGAGAGUUGCCACAAGUUACUGUUUAGUAAAAAAAAAUCUUUUGUGACAAAUGCAAUCGCGAUUUUUUAAAUAUGAAACUUUUUUGCAUGUUGUUUAAAAUUUACAUCCUGUGUUGACCUCUUGGUGAAGUAUUUGGUUUUUAUUUGCAACUGGAAAAAUAAAUCGUCGUAACGAUCAAAUGCAGAACAUCUUGCAAUCUUAUUUUAAUAUGGGAUUUUGAUAAUUUGUGGAGAGAGGAGCUUCUUAUGGUGAAUAAUGUAAAAAUGUUCCAUCACCGUGAACCAAGUUACUCAAAAUAUAAAUCAAUUCGAGCUCAUUCCAGCAGAAUAAAAAAAAGAAUACAGAAGGUGUUCCGGAAAUACCUCACAUUUUGUGGGAUUGGUGUUCAGAAUGCGCAGCUCUUUGAAAUGUCUGUUCGAGAAUUUAAGAGAAACCAGCUUCUCCUAAGUCUCACUAAAUCAAUAUUUGAAGAAACAAUUUGUCUUGAUCAACUCAUCAACAAAAUAAUGGUUACAGCAGAGGAACUACUUCAGUGCGAAAAAUGCAGAGUAUACCUCGUUGAUACUGAACACAAUGACCAGUUAUUUUAUCAAAGACUUGACCAAGCUUCUGAAGACAGAUCAAGCACCUUACCGCUAAUAUUCAAACCUAAGAAAUUUUCGCGACCACAGGAUGUAAUUUUUACUACUAUUUUUGAACUGAGGAGGGAUGAACAAGAAAUUAGACGUCCUAGUUUAAAAGACAUCUUAAAUCAUGAAGCUGCUCAUGUCCACUUUGCUCGUCAUGUUGUUGCCACAGAACAAACUUACAAUUGGUCUGGUACAGAUGAUGAGAUAAAAGCUGUCAGGUCCUCAAAUAUCUCUGCUGUUCCUUCAGAUUUUCCUUCAGACAAAUUAAGAAGUAGAGUGUUGUCCAUACCCAUAUGCAGCAGGGACAAUAAGGUCAUUGGUGUAGCCCAGCUUGUAAAUAAAUCUAAAGGACAAGUCUUUACAGAAUGUGAUAUCAGUACUUUAGAGGCAUUUUCAAUGUUUUGUGGCCUUGGCAUAUACAACACACAAAUGUACGAAAAUGUUACGAAAUUGAUGGCUAAACAAAAAGUUGCAUUAGAAGUUUUGUCAUAUCAUGCAUCAUCUUCACUUGAGGAAACAAAAAGGUUAAUGCAAACUUCAAUUCCAUCUGCUGAAAAGUUCAAAUUGUACAGUUUUGAUUUCAGUGACUUCAGGUUAAAUGACGAUGAUACCUGUCAAGCAGCAAUUCGUAUGUUCAUGGAACUGGAUCUCAUUCAUAAAUUUCGUAUUCCAUAUCAGGUUAUGUGCCGGUGGAUUUUAAGCGUAAAAAAGAACUAUCGUCCUGUAAUUUAUCAUAAUUGGAGGCAUGCUCUCAAUGUUGCACAGACUAUUUUCGCUAUGUUAAUGACUGGUCAAAUGCAAGAAAUGAUGUCAGACAUGGAAAUGAUGGCAUUACUUGUUGCAUGUCUAAGUCAUGACCUUGAUCAUCGAGGAACAAAUAAUUCAUUUCAGACAAAAAUUGAAUCUCCUUUGGCCAUUUUGUAUAGUACUUCAACGAUGGAGCAUCAUCAUUUUGAUCAGUGUGUUAUGAUACUUAAUAGUGAGGGGAACAAUAUUUUCCAGUCUCUGUCUCCAGAAGAAUAUAAAACUAUUAUUUCUAUUGUAGAAUCUGCAAUUUUGUCCACAGAUUUGGCACUUUAUUUUAAAAAAAAGGAUGCAUUUUUAAAACUAGUGAAAUCUGGUUCACCUGACUGGAAUAAUUUGCAAAAUAGAGAGCUGUUAAGAGGAAUGAUGAUGACAGCUUGUGAUGUUUCUGCUAUUACUAAGCCAUGGGAAGUUCAGAAAAAAGUAGCAGAGCUUGUAGCUGGAGAAUUUUUUCAACAAGGGGAUUUAGAAAAAGAAAGACUAAAAGAACAACCUAUAGCUAUGAUGGAUAGGGAAAAGAAAGACGAGUUACCUGUUAUGCAAGUUGAUUUUAUUGAUUGCAUAUGCCUUCCUGUGUAUGAGGCGUUGACUGAUGUUCAACCAGCAUUGAGCCCUUUACUAGACGGUUGUCUUGAAAAUCGUAAACAUUGGCAAGGUCUUGCAGAGACUAAAUCCAAAAAUGAAACAGACCUAUUUGUUCAUAAGAAUGGUUCAAAAAAGAUGUUUGAAAUUAGGCAUCCUACGAACGGCAUCAUACAUCUACCUCAGACUGACUGUUAUAUUCCAGACAGCUGCAAUGGAUGUGCUGAGAACAGAAGACAAGAAAUGUUCUCAGGAGACCAAAAGGAGGAAAGCAUUGAUGGACUCUUCUCGACUGAAACGUCUCAACAAAGAACACCAUUCUGGAAGUUUUUGCACCGUCCUCUGAUUACAUGACUCCCUCUCCCUGGAAUUAAUUUAUUUAACCACAUACUUAAUUGUUUGUACUGGUAUGUAACACUAUUUGUAAUUCAAAAUAGGGUAAUGGCACCAGUAACAGACAUGCUUAAGACACUGUUAUCAGGUUAACUCAAUUUUCUGAGCCUUUUAAUGCAUUUAGACUUUCAAAACUUUUUCUUUCAUGCAACUACAUCCCUUCUAACGAUUUCCUGCUUCUGGAUCAUCUAAAUUAGUUAAUUUAUUUGCUCCAUUUCUUAAAAAAGGUCCGACCCCCCCAGUAACAGACACUGCCAAUUCUGAUGAUACCCAGCAACAGAUAGGAUGAGGAAAGGAGGAGUAAUGGACAGAAUCCCCUUUUUCUCUUCAAAAUGUGCAAAAAUUCUUUAUAUUUAGAUCUAAAACCUUAAAAAAUUCAAAUGAACAUGGAACACCCCAAGACAUCGUGGUUGCUGUUCAUAACUUCCACCACUGCCUUGUAAAUCCCAACUGGCUCAUAAAAUUCACUCUGAUAACACUGGAUGGUUUCACCGUAUUCAUGGGUCACAGCAAUAUCAGUUAUACCUGCCUAAAAUUCUUAUUAUUUAAAUCCAAACUUACAACUGUCUGUUACUGGACCCAUGUCUGUUACUGGUGCCAUUACAUUAGUGAUAGUAUACCACAAAUGUCAUAUCUCCAAUUACUGUGAAAAAUGUAUUUAAAGAGGCUAUUUUCUUUUAUUGCAGAAGUUCACACAUCCAACUGUUUUUAUACACAAUAUUUGCAUUCCAAGCCCUUUUAUUGCAGAAAAAUGUACAGUACCUAUCUUGCAGUCUGAGUUCCUAUUGCAUUUAGGCUAUAACUAUUGUUCAAUAGUGUGUGUAUAGUGUUAUUUCUAAAUUCAGAUUUAUAAAAUAUUUUGCUGCGGAGGAUAUAAUUAAUUGGGAUAUAAUUUGGGAACUCUUGGUAAUUGAAUUUUACUCAGCAAUUAUUGUUAUGAUACUGUUGCUAAUACAGAGUUACUGUGUCUAAAGUUACAUUCUGUACAAAACAAGUUUUAAUUUUCUGCGCUUAUGAGCAAAACCUGUUCCUUGGUUUUUGUUUUACAACAGGGUUUUACCCUUCCUUUAUUUAUAAACAGACUGCAAAAUAGGUGAUGGUGAAAUAUUGUUGCCAUAAGUAAAAUGUCAAUUUUUCGCCAUUUGUGAUUUGCCAACUAUGCUUUAAUAAAAAGCAUGCGAAAUAUGUAUAUAAGAGCGUUAAUUAUUCCUCAGCUGUUUUUCCUGUCAGUAUUUUGUUGAUUUAAAAAUUUCUUUUUAGCACCACUCUUAUUACAUUUUGAAUUUAAUAUUUUAUUUUAAAUUAAUCUUUGCAUAUUUAUCACAUCAUUUUUUUAAAUUGUCAACUAAUUUGAAAAACAAAACAAAACCAUUAUAUUGUGUCUGUAUGAUUUUUUUUUUUUUUUUUGAAAAAACAGCUAAAUAGCAAAUCUUUUCACAAUUCCAAUAAACCAUAGGAGGCAGGUGCUACAGUCUCUUGCUAAAGGCGACUGAAAGAGAUAAAUCAAAGAAAUGCCGUAACAUAUAACCUGCAUGCUUAAGGAAUUACAAUAAUUUUUGAACAUGUUUUUUCGUUUUAAUAUUUUAAAAUGAUUUUUUAAGUUUAGUGAAUUCUAGAAGUUCUUCACACAAUUUUAAAUUUAUUAUGCCAAAAAAAAAAAA